AUGCAACAACAAGAGGAGCCUCUGCAGUUUCCUUGUAGGGAACACCCAAACGAGUUCAGAGACGAAUUCUUCUACUAUCCUCAGCAUGGCAGUUCCACCGGUCAUGCGGUUAACCAUGUGGAUUACGGCCUUGCCUGGAAUAAUCAUCGUGUCCCGAACACCAUUCUUCCUCCACAUCCCGCACAAGCGCAGUUCUGUGAGCAAAUGUUCCAUCCUUAUUGUUUGAGCGACGGAAGUUCGAACGAGAGAAAUAUUGGCGAACGGCAAAGAUUGCGCUUUUCACGUGAAGUACAAAGGAUGGAUGAGUUUCUCGAAAGGAGCAAUGGCCGUCAAGGGAAGGAUGUUUCUCAGUCUUCCACGAAUCUCUCUCGUCCAGGUGCACAGAGUGACGGAAGCCUGGAACGCAGCACUACCCGUUCUCGUCCCAAGCGAAGUCUUUUAGCGAGACUGAGAGCGAAAAAAGAGAAAGAAUCAGCGUCCAAAUGUUCAGCGGAGAAUAAAGGAUCGGAAAAGAAAGAUAAAAAAACGAAGAAAAAGAAGGCUUUGAAUAAGUCGCCAUCAACAUCUUCAAAAUGUUCUGUAAACGGAGCAGCAGAACCUAAGCGUGCUGCUCUUUUAAACGUCUCUAUGAAGGAUAAGACCAAAAAGUUAGUUUCGCUUUGA